CCCUUGCUGAUCUUGGCAAAACCCUUCCUGAUGUGACUGUGUAAAUUGAUUGUCGCCUCUUCUUAGGAUCCCCAUGUACUCACCAAACUGAACUACAACAUGCCUUAAAAGUUUCUGCCUUGGCUAAUCAGCUGACAUAGUUUCUCCUGUUGAAAUCCAGGUCCAUUCUUAUUUUAACUCUGGGGAAUUUUUCAGGUUCUACCGUUUAACUACCUGGUAAUUUGUUUUACCUCACUCCACCCUGCAUUAAUUUUUCAGCAACUCAAAGGUUGAAACCACAUUUCAUUUAUCUUUGUUUCCCCCUGAUAUUGCUCACUACUAGAGAAGCUUGAACUGAAAUAAAUCAGAUUGAAACUCCGCUCAGAAACCUAGUUUCUGAGCAAGAAAACUUUCUCAACUCAUGGUUAUAAUUUUUUACAGCUGGAAAUCAUCUGAGCAAAUCAUCUCAUUUUACAAGUGACAAAACCAAGGGUCAGCGAGAUCAAGUGAUGCUGUUUGGAAAAAUUUCCCAGCAGUUGUGUGGCUUAAAGAAACCCCCACGGUCAUGUGACUACAGAAACUUUUGGGGCUGGUUGAAUGCAGUAUUUAAUAAAGUAGAUUAUGAACGCAUCAAGGACGUGGGACCCGAUAGGGCAGCAUCUGAGUGGCUGCUACGCUGUGGGGCCACGGUGCGCUACCAUGGCCAGGAGAGGUGGCAGAAGGACUACAACCACCUCCCAACAGGACCUCUGGACAAAUACAAGAUCCAGGCAAUUGAUGCCACCGAGUCCUGUAUCAUGAGAAUUGGAUUUGAUUAUCUGGAGGGCCUACAGCACGUUGAAAAAAUAAGACUAUGCAAGUGUCAUUAUAUUGAGGAUGACUGUUUGGAGAGACUUGGUAAACUGGAAAAUUUACAAAAAAGCAUACUGGAAAUGGAAAUAAUUUCAUGUGGGAAUAUCACAGACAAAGGAAUCACUGCUUUAUAUCACUUAAGAAACCUCAAGUAUUUGUUGUUAAGUGAUCUUCCUGGAGUAAGAGAAAAAGAAAAUCUUAUCCAAACCUUUAAGACAGCACUGCCUUCUCUGGAACUAAAAUUAGACUUGAAGUAAAAUAAUAAUAUUCAA